CGUUUGCCUCUCACUGGUUAAAGAUCACGGUUAAUAUGUUUCCUCAAAGAGUAUCAUGAAAAGUGGAUUUCAUCCGACUUGUUUCCAGUUUAUUUGCAUCCGCAUGCGUCCUAAAGGCAAACUACGGAGGUAGACGUGUGUAGUUAAGAGUGUCCAGAGUCAUGAAACUUAGUCCUUGUCAAGCCCCAUUAUAUGGCGAGUGUGUUCUAACAGUUCAGCUGUGUGAUGAGGCGCUCGGUGAAGGAGAACAGGGGGAGGUGCAGUUCUUCCUGUUGUUCACUGGCUCUGCUCAGAGACAUCUUACCAGCACACUGAAGGUCAACCAUGCCACCCUUCAGGCUGUGUGUCCAGCUCACAACUGCUGUGAGCGGGUGCUGGUCACCCUGUGCUCAAUGGGACCAGAUGGUAACAUUCAUACUCUGGCUACCGAGCGCAUGCACUUCGUACAGGACCUGGCCUACGACAUGGCCCAGUUCCUGGUGAGCACGGUGGGGCAGACAAACCUACUGGAAGAGGCUCUGCUACUGGACGAGCAUCAGAUCCCACUGCAGGAGUGUGAAAAGCUGGACCAGAAUCUGUCCCUGGCCCUCAAACAUAUCACGCUGCCCCCUGGCUGGAGCCUAUUGAGUAAUAACAAACGACGGGAACCUCAAGAGACCCUCCUUCACUUUGCAGCCUGCCGCGGGCUCCUCAGAGUGGCCAGUUUUCUCCUCAAGCAGCCAGGGGCCCGAGAGGCCCUCAACCUGUGUAACAAACAGGGCGCCACACCGGUGGUCAUCGCCCAGAGUCGAGGAUAUGCAGCUCUGGUGGAGCUCUUCAGCCUGGAGGAUUUGGAUACAGAUGUUAAGACGCUCAGACAGGACUCUUCCUCGAGCAGUUGUGUGGUACAGCACCACCCCUCUCUGAACACCUACACCCUGUCUUUGGGCACCGAGCCGGGCGGCACACCACCCAACAUACAGGCCGACAUCCUGGAACUGCACAGACUGAUGCUUUGCCAUUUUCAAGGGAAGGGAGGAGUUGCCUUUCAGCAGAGCUCAGACUCUCCGCACAUUGCCCAAGAAUGUGAUGACGACCUGGAGACCAGGGAUUGCUGUUGUGAAGAGGCACCUCACGACUCCCUUGAUACAAGAGAACGAGAGUUCACUUCUUUUAACACAGAAGAAAACAAAGGACGUAAUGACCGGCUGGAUCCCUCACAAAACAGGGAGGGUGACGGAGCUCCCUCGCUCAGCUGUGAAACUGCCCCGGCUCUCCUACACAAUGGAAAUAGCGAAGAUCACCGGGCGUAUGCUUGUGAAAACAGUGAGACUGAUUGCAGAGAGCAAGAGGAGCGUUCAACUGCUGGUGUAGUUAGUACCGGUGACGUUGGAGAUAGUUGUGAUGGUUUGCAGAGUGGUUCUGAGUGCAUAGUCAACAGAACCUCUUCCUGCGGAGAACAGAAAGAGGAAGCUGAUAAGGCAGACGACUUAAUCUGUGAAGCACUGGGGGAAAAUCAUGAAAAAGGGCAAAACUCUGUAGAGGAGAACUUUUCGGAGGAGAAAGAGCUAUCUGAACGUAGCCCCACCGUUGAGGAAGGAGAUAUGGGAAUCAUUCAGUCUUUGGACACGCCAGAAAGCUCAGAUGGUGGAUCUUCUUCUCUAGGCACUGAGACUGAUGCUGAGGAAGAGGAUGGAUGCGGAGAUCUCACAGAAUCAGAGGAGGUGCGAGAAGAAAGCAAGGAAGCACCGGAUGUGAAUCCUGAUGGAGAUACACCUCUAGAUAGCUCACACCAAAUUUUGGUGGAAAAUGAAAUGCAUGCUUGUCGAAGCAUUUGUGAAACAACUGGUGACCUAGGAACCCUUAAACUUUUGGGAGACAAUUGUGAGAAGAUCUCGUGUGGUGUGGAAGGUAGACGAGAUCUUGAACCUCCAGGAACCUUUGAUGAAGAAGAAGAAGAGGCUGAUGAGGAGUUUCAGGAGAGUCUAGAAAUGCCAUACAUGGAAACAGAUGGAGACCAACAGAACAAAGAACUUAGUGAUACACCCUCAAGGAUUUCAGUUGCUGAAGAUGAGAGCGUUUUACACCUGCGUGAAGUAAUUCAAGAGCUGCUGUGUGUAGAACAACCAAUUCUUUCAACUGAAGACGUAGUGGUGGAAGGAAGUGAACUUAGUUCUUCCAGCGUCUUACAAACUGAGCUCAAUCCAGAACCUGGAUCCUCCGCAGCAACUAGUGAGGACACCUUAGAACCUGAAGAUCUAGAAGUUCCUUUAGGUUCUGGCUGCGAGGUGACGGAGAACGUUCAAGGGAACCAGAACAACAAACCCGUUUGUGAAUUUCUUGAUUCAGCUAUUCCUACAGAUAUGGAGAAAGUGAGUCUCCGAGAUGACUCUUCUCAGGAUCCCAGACAGGAUAUGACCUCAAACAAUGAGGUCAUGCAGGACACAGCAGAAAUAGACCUUUUAGAAGAGGAUGCGGGUGUUGUUUUUGUAAACACAGAUGAAUCUGGAGAUCAGUGUAUCUUUAAGUCAAAUGAGUUUAAAUUCAAUGAGGAAAGCCUGGCAGUCAAUGCAGAAGAUCUGUUUGGUGCUUCAGUCCUCAGUGACCAUGUAGAUGGUGCCAUACAUGUCCCAAAUGCUCUGGAUGAGGAUGGCAUUGUAGUUCCUUCUGUAUGUCCUGAACAAGCCCAAGCAAACUUAGAUCCUGUGUCUCAAGAAACAGAAGCUGCAGUGCAGGAGGCUGUGCAGCAAAUGGGUGAAGAAGACCUACUGAAAGUGUCGGAUGCACGUUUGGAAGAUCAGAUGGACUUUCAAAGGACAAUGUGGCCGGAUAUCAUGGACAAAAAUGAUGCACUAGUGAUCCACAGAGACAAAGACGCACUGUGUUCCAGUGUUUCCCAGAAGAGACACAACUUAUCCACAGAAAGUUCGCAGUAUCCAGAGUUUUACACUUGCAACUCUGAAACAGUCACGUUUCGGGACUCAGGAAGCGAUACAGAUGGAUUUCUCAGUCCUGACACUGGAGAGGAAAACAUCUUCAGAAAGGGGCACGAGGCUGUAGGUGGAGGCGACAGCACGAGCGAGGUGUCCGUCUCCUGCUCCUCCACGGACGACACGGCCAGCGUGGGACAUCCCAGCUCCUCGGCCGAAAGCUCUGAGGAGGUGCGGCAAGGAGGAGAGGCAGAAGAGGAGGCCAAAGACAGGCUGACGGAGGUGCCACUGCCUGCUUCUCUCUGCCGGUCCACCGUACGCUCCCUCUCUCCAUUACGCAGACACAGCUGGGGUCCUGGGAAGAACCAGGGAGGGGAAGAAGAAAUGAACCAGCGCAGUUCUGUACGAAGUGCAGGAGAGAGAAAGCCUGUGUUUUACAGAAGAAGUCUGAGCUGGUGCCCCAGUGAACCCUGUCGAGAGCUGGAAGAAAUUAGAGAGCUCAUCAGUUAUAGUUUGGAGGGUCUAGCAGCAGGGAUUGAGGAUGGCAAACGUUGGAUACCGCAGUCCGGAGGUCCAUCCACACAUCAGCGAGGGGUUCAGAGGCAGGAAAGUGAGGAGAGGGGCUCACUGAUGUCUCUCACAGAAGAAGGUCCUGAGUCUGAUUUGGGAGAAUGCAGCAUACCAGCUGGUCAGAAAUCAAGGAAGUAUCAUCAGUUCAGACACAGUGGUCCAUCUGUGACUCUCCCCCUCAAAAAAUCAGUCUCUAUGCUUUCCAUCAGCCAACGGGACAUAGAUGGCAUGACGUCAUUCACCAGUGCCACCAGCUCAAUGGGAUACAGCAUCACAGAGGAGGAACCUGGUCCUUUAAGAGGAGAUUUUGAAAAAAAUACCACCAAAGUGAGCCGGACGUUCAGCUACUUGAAGAACAAAAUGUACAAGAAGGCCAGAGAAAAAGAAAAGGAAAAGAAUCGGGAGAAAGUCCGAGAGGCCAAAGAGAGAGAGAAGAAAUCAGUGAAUGGACACGUGUUCAGCACGUCAAACUUGCUGCAUCCAGCUUUGUGCCAGCAAUGCAACAAAACCCUCAACACUAAAGAUACUGUCAGCUGCACAAAUUGCAAUGUGAGAGUUCACAAGAGUUGUAGAGAAAACAUCCCAGUUUGUCCCAAAAGCAGAAUGCAGUUUGCUGUACCAGAGUCCACCAAUAUGCCUGCCGUCACUCUACGAACAAAAUCGUCCACAAUGCGGGAUCGUCCCUGGUCUGCUAUCUUUUCUCCAGAGGAGCAUUCGGUGAUUGCCCCGUCCAGACGAGCCACCAGUAUUAUGCCCUUCCACGGCAGCAACCUCUCGAAAAGCAUGUCCAUCAACAACAUUGCAAUGUUUGACGAUAUGCCUCUAAGAGGCAUGCGGUAUCUGUCUCAAUCCACAGACUCUCUCCACAAACCCCACAAGGUUACAGCGUCCACUGAGUCUUUAGAUGAAGGAACUGAGAUGGUUGACAGCCGGCUGAUGGGAGAGUUUGAAGCAGAUGUUAAAGAACUGGAGGCCGAUUCCUGGAGCCUUACUGUAGAUAAGAAAUAUCUGAAGCAACUCAAGAAGGACGUCAUUAAGAGACAAGAUGUCAUCUAUGAGCUGGUCCAGACGGAGAUGCAUCACCUGCGGACGUUACGGAUCAUGUCUGAUGUGUACUGUAAGGGCCUGCAGAGAGAUCUCCAGCUGGAGGUCCAGGCGGUGGAGAAGAUGUUCCCCAUGCUGGACGAGCUCCUGGAACUCCAUUCGUUCUUCUUCAGCGCUCUGCUGGAGAAGAAGAAGGAAGCAAAGCUGGAAGCAACGGACGGAUUCAUAAUCAACAGGAUAGGAGAUGUGCUGGUCAACCAGUUCUCAGACUCCAAUGCAGAAGGCAUGAAGAAAAUCUAUGGCAAAUUUUGCAGUCGACACAGUGAAGCAGUGAACUUUUACAAGGAGCUGCAUGCCAGAGACCGACGCUUCCAGGCAUUCAUCAGGAAAAAAAUGAGCAGCAGUGUUGUCCGGCGUAUGGGCAUCCCAGAGUGCAUAUUACUGGUGACUCAGAGGAUAACAAAGUACCCGGUGCUUUUACAGCGAAUCCUGCUGCACACCAAAGAGAACGAGAAGGAUUUUGAAGACUUGACGCAGGCGCUACAGCUGGUGAAAGACAUCAUCGCUUCAGUGGACAGUAAAGUGAAUGAGCAUGAGAAGAAGAAAAGGUUGAAAGAAAUCCACGGCCGUACAGACAGCAAGUCCAUCACGCGCAUGAAGAACGGUCAGAUGUUCGCCCGAGAGGAUCUGCAGCGCAGUCGCAAGCUUCUCCAUGAUGGUCCUCUCCAGCUGAAAAACGCUGCCGGACGACUGAAGGAUGUCCAUGCACUUCUUCUUUCGGAUGUCUUUGUGUUCCUCCAAGAAAAAGACCAGAAAUAUGUUUUUGCGUCUCUGGACCAGCGAGCCACUGUUAUCUCCCUGCAGAAGCUGAUCGUGCGAGAGGUGGCCCACGAGGAGCGAGGUCUCUUCCUCAUCACCGCCGGCAUCGCAAACCCCGAAAUGGUGGAGGUUCACGCCAGUUCCCGAGAGGAACGUAACACCUGGAUGCAGCUGAUUCAGGACGCCAUGAACUCAAUACAAAAGGAUGAUGAUGAGGGGAUCCCGAGUGAAACUGAGGAAGACAGGAAGCUACUCGAAACAAAAACAAAAGAAAUGAGAGACAUGCUCCAGAGGAAGGAUGAACAGAUUGUUUCACUCCUGCUGGAGAAGAUGAAGCUUUUCCGUGAAAUGUGCGGUUCGUCCGACGACACCGCUUCGGCGGUUAAAAUGCUCUUCAGGGCCAACAACGAGGACCUGCCCAAGGGGGAACCCAUCAUGAUGGACGCUCUCAGAGAGGUGGAGAUGUUGCAGGCGCUGGUGAACAGCAGUCUGGGAGGGGUGGUGGGACAGCAGCUGGCCUGCGCUCCGGGGAACAUGGGACCCGUGUGUCUGCCACGCAGAGCCGAGACCUUCGGAGGGUUUGACAGCCACCAGAUAAACAUCUGCAAACAUGGCGACAAAGAGGAAGCUGAAGAUCUUCGGAGGACAGGAUCUGACAGUGUUCUGAAGAAGGGAGGAAACGCCAACCUGCUGCUCCUGCAGAAGAGAAACAGCGAGCAGAUCCUGACUGGUGUCACUCACCUGCAUGACCUCCUGACCUCACUUCAGGCCGUGGUGCUGCAGCAGGACACUUUUAUCGAGGACCAGCGUCAGGCCCUAAACGAGCGCACCCCGUCCCGGUCCUCCUCUCGCCCCCCCUCGCUGGUGGAGCAGGAGAAACAGCGCAGUUUGGAGCGUCAGCGACAGGAGGCCGUCACCCUACAGCACCAGCAGGCCGUCCACGCCGAAGAGAAGCGGCGCAAGGUUAAGGAGUGGGAUGUGAAGGAGCAGGAGCUGACGGACCACGAGCUGCUGCUGCAGGUGAAGGAGGAGGAGAUGCGCAGGAGGAACAAAGAGCUGGACGAGGUGCGGCAGGAGCUGCAGGGGAGGAAGGAGGACUAUCAGAGGGAUCUAGAGAGACUGAGGGACGCUCAGAGGAGGCUGGAGAGAGAGAAGGAGCAGCUGCAGAAGGAGAUGGAGAGAGUGGAGCACCUCCGCGAGGUGGAGGCUCGACUUCAGCGCACCCCCUCCAGCACGUCAGAGGACUCCCUGAAGCUCCAGAGCAGCAGCUCCAUCGAGCGAGAGAUCUGGGAGGGAGACUUAUCGUCCAGCCCCAGGAAGAACUCUCUGUCCAGGAUAGACUCCAAACAGAAGGGCCGCAGCCUCUUCUCCCUGGGCAGCAAAACUCAGAGCCUAGAAGGCCAAAACCAGAUGCCCACACGACUGCUGCAGCUGGCUUCAUCUAAGGAGAAGAAGGACAAGAAGAAGAAGAAGAGCAAGAGCCAGCCUCCUCAGGAUGCAGCAUCACAUCUGCUGCCCCUGACAGAGCCUUCAAUGGACGGAGAGAUCUUCUUCUGCUGAUUUACCCAUCAUCCCUUCUGUCUUCUAUCAAAUCAUGUAGGAAGUCACCCAAAGUGCCCUCUUCAUCUUUCUACAAUCUAAAAAUUCUCACAAAACAUGUCCAGGUCACAUUACACCGCAAAAUCAACAGAAAUGAGUCAAAUCAGUCCUAUUUUAGGAUUGUUUUUAUUUUCUGUGGCAUUAUUUUAAUAACAGUCUAGCCCCUAAAUUCUCAUUACCGUAAUGUAUAAAUAGUAGUAAAAUAUUAUUUCAAUUGUAAAGUAUUUAUAUACUAUGGUAAAUGUUUUUGUACUGCUUUAAAUAGUGUUUUAUUACAGCUGUAAUAAAGUUUGUUCUAUCACAGUAAUGAGAAUCACCAUUUAGAAUAAUAAUUAUUUAUUAUUAUUCAAAAAAAAAAAAAAACUCAUGCAAAAAUGUUAAUGGGAAUCUCAUGUGUGUAUAUACAGUAUAUGUGUAUGUGUUUAUAUAUAUAUAUAUAUAUAUAUAUAUAUAUAUAUAUAUAUAUAUAUAUAUAUAUAUAUAUAUAUAUAUAAUGAUUAAUUCAGACAGCAUAUAUAUGCUACACAUUAAUUUCUUAGAUUUGCACUUGCUGUCACAGGUUUAUCAGACAAAUCCCAUCUUUGGAUACAUUGUUAAAAUGUACAUUGUAUAUAAAUUUCCAUUAUUGCACUCAUUUGCAAAUGAAUUGUGCCACCAACACAUUUGAAAUUGCAAAAAUGGGGUUUGCUGCUCCCCAUAUUGGCCAACUCUUUAAGGCUGAAAAAUCAUUUCUGCUUAUUGCGCGCAAGAAAGACAAUUUAAAAUUUAAUCUCAGUUUUAACAUUUAAAGGGAUUCGGGGAGAGAGGUGGUUUUCCAUUUCCCCCCUGUUUUUCUAUUUUACCUUCUCCGAGGAGUCCCGUCUUUGAAAUGCCACAGAGCACUUUAACACCAUUCACAUGUUACCCUUGCCCCGAAAGUGACAAUCAAUUUUUCAUCAGCAUUCCAAAGAUAAAGACCUAAGGACAGUUUUUGGGGGCCAUUGUUUAACAUAACAUUUCAUGGUAGUUUGAGAUUCUCUAAUUCUUCUGCGUUGAAUACUUCAUGACUUUAGCAGCACGGAUGAGCUGUAAAUACUGGAUGAACUGUAGACCCCUGAGGGAUAUUUAAAGCAACCUGCUGGACAGGUAAAAGACAUAAACAUCCACGAAAGAUAGGGUACCUCACCUAUACAAAUCCUCCCUUGUGGAUCAAAGCACCAUAUCAUAUGAAUAUCAGUAAAAAUACAUUUGAGAGUGUCCACUUAUUUCAUCAUGCAGGAAUAUUCACAUUACAGUCCUACAGGAUUUUGUUCUGUUGGCCUGAUUUUGUUAGGAGCUAUGUAUUGGUCCAUGAGAAUUUAUUUUUUAAGCAGUGCAUGCUCUUAAAGCCCCGUUUGCGUAGGUUUGCACUGCAGUCUUCACCUGCGCUGACUUGAAUUCACCAUGAGGGGGCAGCAGAGAAGCGUUUUAUAAUUGAAGGCUCCUCUGUGGAUUUAUAUAACCUCUCGGUGAUGAUGUCAGAGGAGACACAGUGACGCAGUGCAGGAGUUAUUAUUUCUUCACAUGCACAAAGGGAAUCAUUGGUUUGUCAUUUCAUGUGCCUAUGAUUUUUAGAAACGUCACUUCUGUCCGAACAGGGAAAACUCAAUCCAGGUGAUAAAGUGCUGUCACGUCUCUGUUGCUCAGCCUUAAAGAAAUGAUGGUGUGCUCUAAAAUAUAAUCCAGCUUUCUCUCAGGAGUAUAGGUUUGUUUAUUCAUCUGUGUUUUGAAAGUAAGGUAUCAUUUGUACAUUGAGGUACAUGUUUUUUCGCUAUAAAAAAGAACUAAUGUUAUGUAAAUAUUUUAGAGUUUAAUGUUUAAAUGUAAAAUUCUGAAAAUGUUUAAUUUGUGAUUAAUUUUGUAAGAUGUGUUUUGUGAGACUUAAGGUUUAUUUAUCAUUCAUCCCAUUGUCUUGAAGCAGAAGACAAUAUUUCCUCACAUUAAAAUCUAUUGCAAUUUUUUUUA